AUGUGUCCAAGUCGAAUUGAGGGCUACGGUCACUACCUUAACCAAGCGCGGGCAUCGGGGGGAGUGGUGGUAACCACGGACACUCCCCCAAUGAACGAACUGAUCCUAUCGAGUCAAAUGGGAGUUUUGAUUUCAACAGAAUCUGAGCGUCACCCGAAGAUGCUUCUUGGAGGUAAAUACGAAGGUGAACGAGGACUGAACGACACUGAGGGGUUGUUGGCUACAUUUAACUCUAGCGGGUUAUGUAAUGCUAUCCAGCACUUCGUAUCAUCGACAACCACCAAGCAACGCGCAGCCAUGGGCGCUCGAGCGAGACAACAGUAUCACGAAGACACGAAAUUCUUUGCACAAUCGAUGCAUAAAUUACGCCUGUUCACCCGAAACUAA